AUGGAAUAUACAUAUCAAUAUUCAUGGAUCAUACCGUUCAUUCCACUUCCAGUUCCUAUGUUAAUAGGAGCAGGGCUUCUACUUUUUCCAACGGCAACUAAAAAUCUUCGCCGUAUGUGGGCUUUUCCGAGUGUUUUAUUAUUAAGUAUAGUUUUGCUUUUUUCAGCCCAUUUCUUUAUUCAGCAACUAAAUAACAAUUCUGGCUAUCAAUAUGUAUGGUCUUGGACCAUCAAUAAUGAUUUUUCUUUAGAGUUCGGCUCCUUGGUUGAUCCACUUACUUCUAUUAUGUCAAUAUUAAUCACUAGUGUUGGGGUUAUUGUUCUUAUUUAUAGUGACAAUUAUAUGUCUCAUGAUCGGGGAUAUGUGAGAUUUUUUGCUUAUAUGAGUUUUUUCAAUACUUCAAUGUUGGGAUUAGUUACUAGUUCUAAUUUAAUACAAAUUUAUAUUUUUUGGGAAUUGGUUGGAAUGUGUUCUUAUCUAUUAAUAGGUUUUUGGUUCACCCGACCCAGCGCGGCAAAUGCUUGUCAAAAAGCGUUUGUAACUAAUCGUGUCGGGGAUUUUGGGUUAUUAUUAGGAAUUUUAGGUUUUUAUUGGAUAACAGGUAGUUUUGAAUUUCGAGAUUUGUUUGAAAUAUUCAAUAAUUUGGUUUAUAAUAAUGAAGUUAAUACUUUAUUUGUUACUUUCUGUGCCUUCCUUUUAUUUGCCGGCGCAGUUGCUAAAUCUGCUCAAUUUCCCCUUCAUGUCUGGUUACCCGAUGCCAUGGAAGGGCCUACCCCUAUUUCGGCUCUUAUACAUGCUGCUACCAUGGUAGCAGCAGGGAUUUUUCUUGUAGCUAGGCUUCUUCCUCUUUUCAUAGUUAUACCUUACAUAUUAAAUAUAAUAUCUUUGAUAGGUAUAAUAACAUUAUUUUUAGGAGCUACUUUAGCUCUUGCUCAAAAAGAUAUUAAGAGAGGUUUAGCUUAUUCUACAAUGUCUCAAUUGGGUUAUAUGAUGUUAGCUUUAGGUAUGGGUUCUUAUCGAGCUGCUUUAUUUCAUUUGAUUACUCAUGCUUAUUCGAAAGCAUUGUUGUUUUUAGGAUCUGGAUCUAUUAUUCAUUCGAUGGAAGCUAUUGUUGGAUAUUCUCCAGAUAAAAGUCAGAAUAUGGUUCUUAUGGGUGGUUUAAGAAAACAUGUACCAAUUACAAAAACGUCUUUUUUAUUAGGUACACUUUCUCUUUGUGGUAUUCCACCUCUGGCUUGUUUUUGGUCCAAAGAUGAAAUUCUUAAUGAUAGUUGGUUGUAUUCACCAAUUUUUGCAAUAAUAGCUUAUUCUACGGCAGGAUUAACCGCUUUUUAUAUGUUUCGGAUCUAUUUACUUACUUUUGAAGGACAUUUAAACGUUUAUUUUCAAAAUUACAGUGGCAAAAAAAGCAGCUCAUUCUAUUCAAUGUCUCUAUGGGGUAAAGAAGGACCUAAAAUUAUGAAAAAAAACUUUCGUUUAUUCGAUUUAUUAAUGAUGAAAAACAACGAAGGGGUUACUUUUUUAAACACAUAUCGAAUUGAUAGUAAUGAAAAUGUAAGAAGCAUGGUGCAGCCUUUUAUUAGUAUUACUCAUUUUAGCACUAAAAAAACUUUCUCAUAUCCCUAUGAGUCGGACAACACUAUGCUAUUUCCCAUGCUUGUAUUGGUUUUAUUUACGUUAUUCGUUGGGGCCGUAGGAAUUCCUUUCUUCAAUCAGGAAGGGGUGGGGUUAGAUAUAUUAUCCAAAUUAUUAACUCCGUCCAUAAACCUUUUACAUCAAAACCGAACCCAUUCUGUCGAUUGGUAUGAAUUUCUUAUAAACGCAGUUUUUUCAGUCAGUAUAGCUUAUUGCGGAAUACUUAUAGCGUCCUUUUUAUAUAAGCCUGUUUAUUCAUCUUUACAAAAUUUGAAUUUAUUUAAUUCAUUUGUUAAAAGGGUUCCUAAUAAAAUGCAAGUUUUGGGAGGGAAAAUAAUAAAUGUGAUAUAUGAUUGGUCAUAUAAUCGCGGUUACAUAGAUGUUUUUUAUACAAUCUCCUUAACUAAGUGUAUAAGAAAAUUAGCCGAAUUAACUCAUUUUUUUGAUAGACGAGUAAUCGAUGGAAUUACGAAUGGAGUAGGUAUUGUAAGUUUUUUCGUAGGAGAAUGUAUCAAAUAUGUAGGGGGCGGUCGAAUUUCUUCUUAUCUUUUAGUGUAUGUAUCUUAUGUUUUAAUUUUUUUAGUGAUUUUUUUUUAUUUUUUUAAUUAA